UGGCUGCUAAUGAAUGAGGUCAAAGGUUGUCACACCGGCACCAUCUUCAAUUUGUAAACACAAGUUCUGAUGCAAUAAAGGCCUAUUAUUUCUGUGUAUUUUACGGAAUCGGAAUGCCGAUCACAGUAAAAGAUUACACGUGGGAUGAAACGGAAACGUCUGUUCACGUGGUUGUCCCAUUAAAAGGUGUCAAAGCAAGCAAAGUUGAUAUUUUUUCGACCGAUGAAUACUUGAAAGUUAAUUAUCCGCCAUACCUCUUUGAAGUUGUGCUGUUCCAGCCGGUAGAUGACAGUAAAGGAACGGCACAAGUUGGUGACGGUACCAUCACAUUCAAUCUACAGAAGAAAGAGCCUGGACUAUGGAGCCGUCUCAUUUCACUGAAUUCAGAGGACAAAGACUUAAUGAAGAGCAAGCGGCAAGCUGCCAUCGAUGCAACCCACAAAAAAGCACAACAGGAGAAGCAACGGCAGCAGGUGGAGAAACAGGAACGAGACAGAAUGGCUCUCAAGGAACAGAUGAGAUUGGAAAAUGAAGAGAGACAAAGGAUAGAAGAAGUGAAAGAAGCUGAGAGGCAGAAAGCCACGGAGGACUUGGAGAAAUGGAAAACCCAACAACUUGCGGCAGAGAAAGAACGAGAGGAGACGAACAAACAGAACGUUGAUAUCUUCGAUGAUGAAGCUACGGAUGCAGAACCAUUGCCAGCCGUCAGAAAACACCCAGGAUCUACGGACAAGACACAGACUGAGGUCAAAGGCCAGCCCCCACCGAGGUCAUCGGGAAACAUUCAGGUCACCUUCACCCCCAGAAUAUUCCCCACCCCCCUCAGGGAGUCCAAAGUGCAAGCAGAGGAAGAGUGGUUGAAGAAGCAAGCAGAGGCACGGAGGGUCGUGGACAUUGACGACCCAGACUUGACUGAAGAAGAGAAAAACCCAGUCUGGCUCAAGGACAAAGGAGAUGGCUUUUUUAAGUCUGGAAACUACCUCGCUGCUGUCAACGCCUACAACUUGGCUGUUAGAUUGGACAGCAAACUGCAUGCCGUUUAUUCCAAUCGUGCCACUUGCCAUCUAAAGUUAAGGAAUUUCAUCAAGUGCAUCGAAGACUGUUCAAAGGCAUUGGAGCUUCUGACCCCACCAGUAGACGCUAAUGCUAAAUCCAGACUACGAGCUCACGUCAAAAGAGGCACUGCCUUCUGUGAAUUGGAACUCUACGUUGAAGGCUUGCAAGAUUACGAAGCAGCUCUUAAGUUGGACCCCACGAAUGUGCAGUUGAUAUCAGAUGCGGAGAAGAUCCGAGCGACUAUACAGAGCACGGUGGAAUGAACCGUCCAGAUCCUGCAUGGGUGUUCGAGGCAAGUGCUAGAACCAGCUCCUGCCAACAACUGUUUCAUGAAGUUGGGCGCGCAGAGUUUAAGCAGACUUUGACUUCCAAAAAACAGAUGCUUCCCUUCUAUGUGAUGAGUGGCUAGUAAUUACAUCUAGCCACUUUCAUCAGGACCGGUGAGGCUCCCUUCAAAUGUUAUGUGGACUGAGGAACAUAUUGAAAAGGAAACCAGACCAGCAGCCCACCCAACACCAGACAGCUAUCUGAAGAAUGGUGCAGCUGAUGUACGGAAAGUUUUAACACCCAUAUACAAGUUCUUGUUUGUAUAAAUUAUGCAUUUUUCACAUAUUUUAUUGUAAGUAUGGAAUUCCAGAGGUGCUUUUGCUGUGUAUAUAGUAAGCCAAACAUUUGAUCAGUUUCGCCAUCCACCAAUUAUUUUGAUGCGAUUUAUGUUUGCCUAUUUUCUCAUCUUUCUAUCGCAUUUCUUUGCAUCUGUGGCCUCUGACACCCCACCUUAUCUACACCCUUUUGCAAUGCAUUUAAUCCCAUUCAUUGUAAGAGCAAUUCACAAUACAGGCAUCAUCUACAGAGUUUUCCUCAAAUUUAUAGUUGGCAUCUGUCAAAACUAUCCUGCCG